UAGUAAAUUUGCUCAAUUUUGUAAUUUUCACUACAUUGCGUGAGACACAAUCGAUGGCAGAAGACCAUUUAGGGAACAGUUUUCUUUUCAGUAAAUGCAGAUGGUUGUGUGAUCACUGUGUUCUCUAACUAAAUAUUGUCGUUAUUUCAUUGGCAAUAGAAUUCAUUACUUCAGUAUUUCAUACAACAGUAAUUUUACUAAUUCUACUGAUUUCAAAGUAUCUGAGAUCAAAUAUUAGCGAAUAUAACGAAUUGCAAAAUCUUCCGAGUUUUUUGACAGCUGCUUGUGUUGACUGUCAUUUACAAUAUGGACAGUCAGGUAUGCAGAGACGGUAGACUGAUAGGUGUGAUUGAUGAAGCUUGGCGCAAGGAACGUUUGCCUAUCGACGACAUCUCAACACCAGUAGCUGAAUUGCCUGAUCCCGAGAGUGAUAACGGCGAUUCUCACAUGACAUUAAAGGAGUUAGAACAGAAAUGGAGUAAUUUGGCUUUAAGUUCUCUCAGUGACAAUCAUUUGCACUCUCCAACGCCUCUGCAUAAUUGAACAUUUUGGAUCUUCCAAGUGUUUGAAGAAUCAUUAAGAAUCAGAUCUAAUUACAGUCUAUAUUUAUAAUUGCAUCACAAUGGAAUUUCCAGAAACUG